CGCAUACGGUUUUGACGUUAUCCGUUUGGUUUCAACAAAGUGUGGCUGGCGCCCAAUCAUGGACUUGCGUGCCGGGUGCCUCUUUUUAGACUCAGCUUCCGUAGUUAUUGGACUUCGUAAUCUGAAUCUCACUGCGUCAUUAAUUGCUUUCUUCCGGCAAACCGUUUCAUUCCAACAAGCGGAGCGUUAUCCGAUUCUUAUUCACCAUGGCAACCAUGAACCGGCGCUCAUCGGAAAAUAAAGACGAUAUAGGCAAAGGUCAAAAGAGUUCAUACUUCAAUUUGCCACCGUUGGAUGUUUCCAUUGCAUUCCCUCAGGCUACUCCUGCAUCCAUCUUUCCUCCUUGUGCUUCAGAUUAUUAUCAGUUUGAUGAUCUUUUAACUCCUGAGGAGCAGUCUAUCAGGAUGAAAGUAAGAGAAUGCAUGGAAAAAGAAGUAGCUCCUGUAAUGGCAGAGUAUUGGGAGAAGGCAAAGUUUCCUUUUCAUGUUAUUCCAAAGCUUGGUGCCUUGGAUGUUGCUGGUGGUACAAUCAAGGGUUAUGGUUGUCCUGGUCUCUCCAUGACUGCAUACGCUGUUGCUGUGGCUGAAAUUGCUAGAGUUGAUGCAAGUUGUUCUACUUUUAUUCUGGUUCAUUCAUCUCUAGCAAUGCUCACUAUUGCACUUUGUGGUUCGGAGGUGCAGAAACAGAAAUACCUACCAUCUUUGGCCCAAUUACAGACUGUAGCUUGUUGGGCUUUAACCGAGCCUGAUUACGGAAGUGAUGCAAGUUCUCUGGAAACAACCGCAACAAAGGUGGAAGGAGGAUGGAUACUUGAGGGUCAGAAGCGCUGGAUAGGGAACAGCACCUUCGCAGAUGUAUUGGUUAUAUUUGCUAGGAAUACCACCACAAAUCAGAUAAAUGGAUUUUUAGUCAAGAAAGAUGCCCCUGGAUUAACAGCAACAAAAAUAGAAAAUAAAAUCGGUCUCCGGAUUGUACAAAAUGGAGAUAUUCUUUUGAAAAAAGUCUCUGUCACCGAUGAGGAUAGGUUACCUGGUGUCAAUUCAUUUCAGGAUACUAACAAGGUUUUGGCAGCUUCUCGUUUAAUGGUUGCCUGGCAACCGAUUGGAAUAUCAAUGGGUGUCUAUGACAUGUGUCACAGGUAUCUAAAGGAGAGGAAACAGUUUGGAGCCCCAUUGGCAGCUUUUCAGAUCAGCCAACAGAAACUUGUUCAAAUGCUUGGUAAUAUUCAAGCAAUGGUCCUUAUUGGUUGGCGCCUUUGUAAGUUGUAUGAGGACGGCAAGAUGACAGCAGGCCAUGUCAGCUUGGCAAAAUCAUGGAUCACCUUGAAGGCAAGGGAAACUGUUGCGCUUGGGCGUGAGUUACUUGGUGGCAAUGGGAUUUUGACCGAUUUCCUCGUUGCAAAGGCAUUUUGUGAUUUGGAGCCCAUCUACACAUAUGAAGGUACCUAUGAUAUCAACACCUUGGUAACGGGCAGGGAAAUCUCUGGUCUUGCCAGUUUCAAGCCAGCCGCAUUGGGCAAGCGAAGCCGCUUGUGAUAGUGUAAUGUUGUAAACCUUUCUGCCUAUCUCAUAGUCAUAGGAGAGUUACGGGAGACACUCAUACAAAAUAAAAUUCUUGCAUAUGUUGUUUGGUAUGUACCACUUACCCUACCACUUACUAUGGAUCUACCAUUGAUAUGUGGAUGUGUCAUUCUUGGGAACGAGAGAAAUAAAUGAUAUGAAACCUUACUUGUUCAAAUAAAACAACAUUGAAGUUUAGUCA